AUGAUUACGCCUGAAUUUUCCAUCUUCCGGCACCGGUUUUGGCCUAAUGUUUUCAUCAUUUGCGUCUUCUUCUUCUUUGUUUUCAUGAUUCCCAUAUGCCGGUGUGAUGAAGUUGAGGUUCAGCUGCUUCUGCAGCUGAAAUCCACCCUGAACAACUCAGCUUCAUCGCCUGUUUUUGAUGAUUGGAAGCAGGGGAACUCAGCAUGCAAUUUUACAGGCAUAGUUUGUGACUCCAACCAAAAGGUAACUGAAAUCAAUCUUUCUUCGCAGAAUUUAUCUGGGCCAGUUUCAUUUGACAUAAUAUGUGCUCUUGAAUCACUGCAAAAGAUUUCUCUUGGGUCGAAUUUCUUGUAUGGAAGCAUUAGUUCUCACCUGUCAAACUGCACUAGCUUGAAGUACUUGGAUUUAAGCUCGAAUUAUUUUUCUGGGGAAGUUCCAGAGUUGUCAUCUUUGACUCAAUUGGAGUUUUUGGAACUGAAUAGCAGUGGAUUUUCGGGUCGUUUUCCUUGGAGUUCAUUGGAAAAUCUUACCAAUCUUGGGUUCUUGAGUCUAGGUGAUAAUGAGUUUGAUAGUAGUCCAUUUCCUUUGGAAUUGCUGAAGCUGGAGAAGCUGUAUUGGGUUUACCUUUCAAAUUGUAGCAUUGGAGGCCAAAUUCCUGAAGGGAUUGGAAAUCUAACCCUUCUUGAGAAUCUUGAGCUGGCUUAUAAUGACUUGGUUGGCAACAUCCCAAAUGGGAUUACCAGACUCAGUAAUCUUCAUCAGCUUGAGCUUUAUACUAAUGGACUCACUGGAAAGAUUCCAGCUGGAUUUGGAAAUCUCACUAACCUUGUAAACUUUGAUGCUUCAACUAACCAGCUUGAGGGUGAUCUUUCAGAGCUCAGAUCUUUGAACAAACUGCAAUCCUUGCAGCUUUUUGAGAAUCAGUUUUCGGGUGAAAUUCCUCCAGAGUUUGGGGAUUUAAAGUUCCUGACAGAAUUUUCACUUUACAAUAAUAAUUUGACUGGCCCUCUUCCUCAGAAGCUCGGAUCAUGGUCAGAUUUUGAUUACAUUGAUGUUUCUUAUAACUAUCUGAGUGGUCCAAUACCGCCUGAUAUGUGUGCAAAAGGUGCAUUUACUGAACUUCUCUUGAUGAACAACAAUUUCACUGGUGGAAUGCCUUCUUCUUAUGCAAAUUGUUCAUCCUUGACUCGAAUACGGGUGAGCAACAAUUCGCUUUCUGGCGAAGUUCCCAGCGGAAUUUGGAGUCUGCCGCUGGUGACAAGGCUUGAUUUGAACUGGAACCAAUUUGAAGGGCCGGUGGCGCCAAGUGUUGGUGAUGCUAAAUCACUGGCACAGUUGUACCUGGCCAACAAUCUUUUCUCGGGUGAAUUGCCCGAAAGGAUUUCAGAAGCUACUUCACUGGUUGCAAUUGAUGUCAGAUCAAAUAGAUUUUCUGGAGGGAUUCCUGGAACAAUAGGCAGAUUAGUCAAGCUGAGUACUCUUCAUUUGGAAUUGAACUCAUUUUCCGGUGUUAUACCGGACUCAUUAGGUGCCUGUGUUUCUCUCAGUGACAUAAAUCUAGCUGGAAAUUCACUUUCUGGGCAGAUUCCAGCAAAUUUAGGCGCCCUUCCUAGUUUGAACUUCUUAAACCUUUCAAACAACCAGCUUUCUGGUAAAAUUCCAUGGAGCUUUUCGCCUCAGCGACUUAAUGUUCUUGAUUUGUCAAACAACAAACUUGUUGGGCAUAUUCCGAACUCUUUAUCUAUUGAUGCUUUCAAUGGCAGCUUUGAUGGAAAUGCUGGACUUUGUAGUCAGACCAUUAGAAGUUUUAGGCCUUGUUCAUCAGAUUCUGGCAUGUCUCCACGUACUGAAAUAGUGAUGUAUUGCUUCAUAGCAUUUGCUUGUGUCUUGAUAUUAUCACUAACCAGCUGCAUAUAUUUGAGGUUUAGGCACAACUCUAGUCAGAACAUUAAGGGAUCUGAUUCUUGGGAUAUGAAACUGUUUCAUGUGUUGAGCUUCAGCGAAGAGCAGAUACUAAAGGCACUGAAGCACGAAAAUUUAUUGGGGAAAGGUGGCUCUGGUAACGUUUACAAAGUUGUCUUAAACAAUGGAAAGCAGUUAGCAGUAAAACACAUUUGGAAUCCAGGAUCAGGUAACAGAAAGAGUUUCCAAAGCAGUUCACCAAUCUUACCCAAAAGGAGUAUCCGAUCAAAGGAAUACGACGCUGAGGUUGCCACAUUGAGCUCAGCGAGGCACGUGAAUGUGGUCAAGUUAUACUGCAGCAUCACAAGUGAGGAUUCCAAUUUGCUGGUGUAUGAAUACCUGCCUAAUGGGAGCUUAUAUGAUGUGUUACACACUACAAAGAGGAUCAAGAUUGAUUGGAUGGUUCGAUAUGAAAUCGCUUUGGGAGCUGCUAAAGGCCUCGAAUAUCUGCAUCACGGCUGUGAUAGACCAAUCAUACACCGUGAUGUAAAAUCCAGCAACAUUCUUUUGGAUGCUAAUCUCAGGCCUAAGAUAGCAGAUUUCGGACUAGCCAAGAUUUUGCAAACCAACGAGUGUCAUGGUGGAGAGUCAACCUACGUUAUUGCUGGUACACCAGGCUACAUAGCUCCAGAAUAUGCGUAUUCUAGCAAGGUGACUGAAAGAAGUGAUGUUUACAGCUUCGGCGUGGUCCUGAUGGAGUUAGUAACAGGAAAGAAACCUGUGGAACCUGAGUUUGGAGAGAAUAAGGACAUAGUAUCUUGGAUAUACAACAAACUGAGAAAUGAUCAAGAGAUCAACCCAAUAGAGUUAGUGGACAAAAGCUUAUCUGAGGCAUUGAAAGAAGAUGCUGUGAAGGUACUGAGAAUUGCAAUCCACUGCACAUCAAGAAUACCACUGUCAAGACCAUCAAUGAAAAUGGUGGUACAAAUGCUGGAAAAUGCAGAACCCUGUAAAUUAAGCAGAAUUGUUGUGAGUGGUGACUAUACUAGCAAGAAUAAGGAGGUAAUGACUAGAAGCAGUAGUGGAAGAAAUAGCUCUCUGUUGCAAGCUCAAAUUAUUGAUAAUAAGGUUGAGAAGCAGCUGGAAUCAAUGGAGGCAAGCAGGGAUCCCUCAGAUAUCAGAAAGGAGCUUUACCCAGAUAUAGAGCCAUAUAGUACUGGCUUCUUGAAGGUCUCCGAUCUUCAUAGUAUUUACUUUGAGCAAUCUGGGAAUCCCAAUGGGCACCCAGUUGUUUUUCUCCAUGGAGGUCCAGGAGGUGGAACUUCACCGAGUAAUCGUAAAUUCUUUGAUCCCAGCUUUUAUCGGAUCGUUUUAUUUGAUCAGCGUGGUGCAGGGAAAAGUACACCUCAUGCUUGUUUGGAGGAGAAUACGACUUGGGAUCUCGUUAAUGACAUUGAAAAGCUAAGAGAGCACUUAGAAAUUCCAGAAUGGCAGGUAUUUGGUGGUUCAUGGGGUAGCACACUUGCGCUUGCAUAUAGCCAGACGCACCCUGAAAAGGUCACUGGCUUAGUGCUGCGCGGGAUAUUUUUGUUGCGGAAGAAAGAGAUUGAUUGGUUCUAUGAAGGUGGAGCUGCUGCUAUAUAUCCUGAUGCAUGGGAGCCUUUUAGAGAUCUGAUUCCGGAGAAUGAGAGGGGGUGCUUUAUUGAGGCCUACCAUAAAAGACUAAACUCUGAUGACAAGGAAACUCAAUAUGCAGCAGCAAGGGCAUGGACUAAAUGGGAAAUGAUGACGGCACAUCUUAGGCCGAAUGAGGAGAACAUCAAGAGAGGUGAUGAUGAUAUGUUUUCCUUGGCAUUUGCAAGGAUUGAGAAUCACUACUUUGUGAAUAAGGGCUUCUUUAAAUCGGACUCAUUCCUGUUAGAUAAUGUGGACAAGAUCAAACAUAUCCCCACUGUAAUUGUUCAGGGAAGAUAUGAUGUUUGCUGUCCCAUGAUGUCGGCAUGGGAUCUUCAUAAAGCUUGGCCUGAGGCAGAAUUCAUUGUGGUUCAGGAUGCAGGACAUUCUGCAAAUGAACCAGGAAUUGCCGCAGAACUUGUUGCGGGAAAUGAGAAAUUGAAAACACUCAAGAAAUGA